CUUGAAACAACAUAUUUGCCACCUGAGAAUAACUCAAUGAAACACCUGUAACUUUUGCACACGGAGGACUAGAGGAAUUACUGAAAGAAGACUUCUGACUGACGCACUAAAUGGAAAUACAACCUGCCUUUAUUUGCAAAAGUGUAAAACACAGGUACAUUUUAUUAUGCUAACUUAUUUUCUUCUCCUGACAACUUCAAGAUACUUUUUUCUAUCUCUUCAGUAUGGCUUUUAAAAUGUUUAGUAAUAUAACCUUCUAGGCUUUAACCUGUUCAAGGACUCAAAUGUGGGUCUUUAUCUGUCUCAAGUUAUUUUGCAAGCCACUUCUUUUUGAGCAUCUUUAUUUUAGACAUAUCUUGCCACUUGCACCUGCUCUGAUGUCUGCAGACAUGACAAACGGGAACUGGGAUAUUUGUAUAAGAGACCUGUGGGUUCAUUGUACUCUGAGCCAGUGUUUGCAGUUGACUACCAUGCCAGCCUCAUAUUCAUUAUUUAUGCUCAGGUUUAAAGUCCUCCUGCAUCACUGGAGUCAUGUGGAGUGAGGGGACUUUACUCUUGCCUGAGGGUAGGGGCCUAUAAGUAAUUUAGGACACACUUUUACAAGAAAAGUAAUUGUAUAAUAGCCUAUUGUAAAAUAUGUGCUAGCAUUGCUGUGAAUAGGGGUUGUGGGGGUUAUGUCAGUUUACUGCAGAUUUAAACCAUAUACUCCAAUCAUAUACCAUUUGAUGCUUUUAAAUUGAGAUUGUGAUCACUAUUGAGUGAAAAAGGGUAAAAAUAGGCUAUAAGUGUGAACUGCAUCGGUCAUGAUGGGAUUCCAGGUCCACUGGCAAUAGAUCUACUGGUAACUCUCCUCCAAACAGAUGUGUGAGAAUGUAAUCAUUUCCCUGAUGAUUUCUAGGUUCAGGGAAAACCAUCCCUUUAUUAUGCUAUUACUCAGAAGUUGCCCAUAUACCUUAGGGCUUAGAUCACCUCACCACAUAUUAUCCACUUCACAUCACAUAUCCUGUUGAGAAUGAGAAGCCUAAUUUGUUCUGAAUAGAGCACAAUAUCUCACCUGUGGGGUUCUGAGUGCUUUGUUUUGACUAGGAACAACCAGUCCUCAUUACCUCUGUCCUCAACCCACGGCUGGCAGGAUCAACCUGGAUUAACAGGAGUGUGUAUUACAGCUGCUUAUCCAGUCACCUCUGAUGAUCACACAAAGACACCUUUAGAAUCCAUUAUUUUGCUUGUAGAACAUUUCUACAUCUUCUGUGCAACAAACAAACACACACACACACACACAUUCACAGAGCUUCUAAAAAAGACUUGAUGUUUCAUUAUGGUGAUGCACAGUUUCUGGCAUCACUCAGAGGCGUGGUGUCUUUGUGACCUCUCUUAAUAUUGUUUGCCAAUGCCUGACCCCCAAAACCCACAUGUGAUAGGCUUAACCCAUCUCUUCCAUUUCACAUGAAUAGAAUAAGAGUGAGAAAAUCUCUCUCGCACCCAUAGUGGCAAUGGAUGAGUUGUAAUCUUUCCCUCUUAAAUGCACAUCUGGCUAAAGCAUCUGUUUUAACAGUAUCCAGAGAUUCCUCUCUAGCCAGUGUCCAGGCAGGGUUAUGGCCGGGUUAUAGUGCUAGGUAAAUGGGUUAGUAUUCUCUAGUGGCUACAAAUCAAUUGCUGCCCAUUUACCUGAUUAAAUGUAGUAAUGCACAUAGUAUUUCACCAGUAACCCUCUCACUGCCGUCUCUGCUUUCCUAUAUGCUGAUCAAUCAAAGACAGGCAUUGCCCCUUGAUUAGGGCUGUUGUUUUUGCUCUACAAACAUUGCAGGAGCGUUGUGUUGUUAACGUCGUCAGUGUUUGUAAGGCGACGCUGCUUAGCUGGAGGCAGGAAGUGUACUGAGGGAAUUGCGCAGAGACCAGGCCUAGGUUGCCACGGUUAAAUAAGCUUCACAGAUAAUUAGCAUGUUUUUGUGUUAAUGUCCCUCUGAAGGCCUACUCUGCCUGCUUCUCUGUCUCUGUCUCUGUCUCUGUCUCUGUCUCUGUCUCUCUCUCUCUCUCUCUCUCUCUCUCUCUCUCUCUCUCUCUCUCUCUCUCUCUCUCUCUCUCUCUCUCUCUCUCUCUCUCUCUCUCUCUCUCUCUCUCUCUCUCUCUCUCUCUCUCAUUCUCUUACUCAUGGUUCAAUAAUGAGUAAACAUCUUUAUUGAUUAUGCCUAACACUUAACCAAAUGAAUAAAUCAACAGCCUUUUCCCAAUGUUUUCCGACCUUUCACUAGUCUACAACUACUCUCCCUCUCCCUCUCCCUCUCCCUCUCCCUCUCCCUCUCCCUCUCCCUCUCCCUCUCUCCCUCUCUCUCUCCCUCUCCCUCUCUGACUAGACAAUCCCGGUAUUGACUAUUGCUCUGGCUCUGUUUUUCCUCACCCCUUUUAUUGCUUUAUUGCAGUGCAGUUCCUUUGAAGAGAGAAGCAAUCUUUGCUUGCUUUAACAAAUCAUGGUCCUAAAACUAUGUAUGGCUAUUACACCAUCCAAAUCACCUCCAUUGUCACAGUCCGAUUGUACACACAGGGCUUACUUUGCAUUUAGAUUAGGAUGCAUUGAGACAGACCUACAGCACAGAUAGAUUAUGUCAUCGAUCUCUUUAUCAAUGCUUAGUUGUGUGGCUGGCCUCCUGAACAGGUUAUUCUAUCUACCUGACCUCCAUGCUGGAGAGAGAUGGCAUUUAAAGAGCACUGGGAGUAGGGUUUCUUGGAGUAGGUUCUCUUGGGUAUUAGUCCUUGUUCAUUGUGAGCCAAAUACUAGGAAAGUAGGUUUGCUGCUUACCCACAGAAACACAGUCAGCCCUUGUGUGUACACACCAAGCCCUUCUGACUGACCAGUCAAGCCUUUCAUUCUCAGUCCUACCUCACCCUCUCUCUAUUUGGGAGGAAUGAUAAGAGGCAGCAAACAACACUGCUCUAUAUUUACCUUGCUGUUAUCUGACUCAUGGUCAAAGCAGCAUAGAUCGAUAAUUAAUGCAAUUGAAAUAGAGUGACAACAGACUCAAAAUUGUUAUUACUGUAGUACUAGAGACUUACUCAUGAUACUCAAUUUACAAGACAAUCUGUCUCAUUGCGUUUAUCGUUUGGACUUUGUGCAAGAGUCCUAUAAAGUUUUAUGAUGAGUGUCAACGGAUACGUGGCCUAUGACCUCUUUGCAAUUGUGUUACCUGGUUGAGUCUUGCUUCACGUAAUCAGUAGGUUAUUCAGGGAGCGGUCACUGUUGACCUUUUGCCCUCUCUCUCUCUUAUACUUACUCAACUGUACUUAUGCCCUAUUUACUAUUCAUACUUUUUACAUUUCAAUGCAUUCAAUAUUUUUCAUUCAAGUUAAAAUGCAUUUUUAAUUGGUAUGAAAUCCUCUUCAGCUUGAUUGCAGCUCUCCUUAAUAGACUUGUUCAUACAGUGGGGAAAGAAAGUAUUUAGUCAGCCACCAAUUGUGCAAGUUCUCCCACUUAAAAAGAUGAGAGAGGCCUGUAAUUUUCAUCAUAGGUACACGUCAACUAUGACAGACAAAUUGAGAAAGAAAAAUCCAGAAAAUCACAUUGUAGGAUUUUUUAUGAAUUUAUUUGCAAAUUAUGGUGGAAAAUAAGUAUUUGGUCACCUACAAACAAGCAAGAUUUCUGGCUCUCACAGACCUGUAACUUCUUCUUUAAGAGUCUCCUUUGUCCUCCACUCGUUACCUGUAUUAAUGGCACCUGUUUGAACUUGUUAUCAGUAUAAAAGACACCUGUCCACAACCUCAAACAGUCACACUCCAAACUCCACUAUGGCCAAGACCAAAGAGCUGUCAAAGGACACCAGAAACAAAAUUGUAGACCUGCACCAGGCUGGGAAGACUGAAUCUGCAAUAGGUAAGCAGCUUGGUUUGAAGAAAUCAACUGUGGGAGCAAUUAUUAGGAAAUGGAAGACAUACAAGACCACUGAUAAUCUCCCUCGAUCUGGGGCUCCACGCAAGAUCUCACCCCGUGGGGUCAAAAUGAUCACAAGAACGGUGAGCAAAAAUCCCAGAACCACACCGGGGGACCUAGUGAAUGACCUGCAGAGAGCUGGGACCAAAGUAACAAAGCCUACCAUCAGUAACACACUACGCCGCCAGGGACUCAAAUCCUGCAGUGCCAGACGUGUCCCCCUGCUUAAGCCAGUACAUGUCCAGGCCCGUCUGAAGUUUGCUAGAGUGCAUUUGGAUGAUCCAGAAGAGGAUUGGGAGAAUGUCAUAUGGUCAGAUGAAACCAAAAUAUAACUUUUUGGUAAAAACUCAACUCGUCGUGUUUGGAGGACAAAGAAUGCUGAGUUGCAUCCAAAGAACACCAUACCUACUGUGAAGCAUGGGGGUGGAAACAUCAUGCUUUGGGGCUGUUUUUCCGUGUAAAGGAAAGAAUGAAUGGGGCCAUGUAUCGUGAGAUUUUGAGUGAAAACCUCCUUCCAUCAGCAAGGGCAUUGAAGAUGAAACGUGGCUGGGUCUUUCAGCAUGACAAUGAUCCCAAACACACCGCCCGGGCAACGAAGGAGUGGCUUCGUAAGAAGCAUUUCAAGGUCCUGGAGUGGCCUAGCCAGUCUCCAGAUCUCAACCCCAUAGAAAAUCUUUGGAGGGAGUUGAAAGUCUGUGUUGCCCAGCGACAGCCCCAAAACAUCACUGCUCUAGAGGAGAUCUGCAUGGAGGAAUGGGCCAAAAUACCAGCAACAGUGUGUGAAAACCUUGUGAAGACUUACAGAAAACGUUUAACCUGUGUCAUUGCCAACAAAGGGUAUAUAACAAAGUAUUGAGAAACUUUUGUUAUUGACCAAAUACUUAUUUUCCACCAUAAUUUGCAAAUAAAUUCAUAACAAAUUGUCACGAUCGUCCAAUGAGGGAGACCAAAGCGCAGCGCGUUGAGCGAACAUGACUUUAUUAAAUUAAAGCCUGGAACCACAAAACAAAAUACAAUCGUGAAGUCCACAGAAACACUGUCUGAUAACGGAACAAAAACCCACAACCCCAAGGUGAAAACAGACAGUAUAAAUAUGGCUCCCAAUCAGAGACAACGAGCCAACAGCUGACACUCGUUACCUCUGAUUGGGAGUCACUCCUUCAAACAAAGAAAUACAACCCAACAGAAAUACCAACAUAGAAAUACACCCAAUGAAUGAACACACCCUGGCUCAACAUACAGAGUCCCGGAGCCAGAGCGUGACAGUACCCCCCCCCCCCUAAAGGCGCGGACUGCGACCGCGCCUCAAUACGGGCUAAACAAGGGAGGGCUGGGCGGGCAUACCUCCUCGGCGGUGGCUCUGGCUCCGGCCUUGAUCCCCACCUCCUCUCCAACCCCCCAAAGUACCCCUGGUCCUGUCUAGCCCCGCUGGCCGGAGCCGGACUGACGACACGCGCCCCUGGCUUGGUGCGUGGAGGACGAACGGGCCUCACCAGGCUGACGACUCGCAUCCCUGGCUUGGUGCGAGUAGUAGGAAUGGGCUGGAUCAGGCUGACGGCUCGCACUCUUGGCUUGGUGCGAGUAGCAGGGACGAGCUGAACCAGGCUGACGACUCGCACCCUUGGCUUGGUGCGAGUAGCAGGAACGGGCUGGACCAGGCCGACGACUCGUACCCCUGGCUUGGUGCGAGUAGCAGGAACGGGCUGGACCAGGCUGACGACUCGCACCCUUGGCUUGGUGCGAGUAGCAGGAACGGGCUGGACCAGGCUGACGACUCGCACCCUUGGCUUGGUGCGAGUAGCAGGAACGGGCCGGGCUGGGCUGGCGACGCACACCGUAGGUUUUGUGCGGGGAGCAGGACUGGGCCGGGCAGGGCUGUCGACGCACACCGUAGGUUUGGUGCGAGAGGCAGGAACAGGCCGGGCUGGGCUGGCGACGCGCACCGUAGGUUUGGUGCGAGGAGCAGGGACAGGCCGAACCGGGCUGUGGAGACGGAUAGGAGGCCUGGAGUGAAGAGCGGCCACCACCCGUCCUGGCUGAAUGCCUGCCCUCACACACUCUGUGUGAGGCAUCUGCACAGGACGUACAGGGCGGUGUACCCCUGGCCUGGUGGCCUCCUGGAUUCGCCCCAUCUUUGCCUCCGUCAGCCCCGUCGUCCAUGCCGUGUGCCCCCCCCUAAAAAUUUCUUGGGGUUGCCUCUCGACCCUCCGACGCUGCUCCCACGUCCAGGUUGCCUGUUCCUGGACACGCUGCUUGGUCCUGGUAUGGUGGGUUUUUCUGUCACGAUCGUCCAAUGAGGGAGACCAAAGCGCAGCGCGUUGAGCGAACAUGACUUUAUUAAAUUAAAGCCUGGAACCACAAAACAAAAUACAAUCGUGAAGUCCACAGAAACACUGUCUGAUAACGAAACAAAAACCCACAACCCCAAGGUGAAAACAUACAGUUUAAAUAUGGCUCCCAAUCAGAGACAACGAGCCAACAGCUGACACUCGUUACCUCUGAUUGGGAGUCACUCCUUCAAACAAAGAAAUAGAACCCAACAGAAAUACCAACAUAGAAAUACACCCAAUGAAUGAACACACCCUGGCUCAACAUACAGAGUCCCGGAGCCAGAGCGUGACACAAAUCCUACAAUGUGAUUUUCUGGACAUUUUGUCUGUCAUAGUUGACGUGUACCUAUGAUGAAAAUUACAGGCCUCUCUCAUCUUUUUAAGUGGGAGAACUUGCACAAUUGGUGGCUGACUAAAUACUUUUUUUCCCCACUGUAUGUUGAUAUGUGGGUGUAUGCGUAGGAUGACACGUGCCCGUGGGAUUUGGUGAGUGCCGCUGCCCCUCUAAGAAUAGCCUUUGCUCUUGCGUUCUGGCAGUGGCUCUAAUUAACUUAGCGUAAUAAGCUGGCAUUAGGGGUGUGUGGUAAAGCGUGCUGGGGAUGGAGAGCUGAAUUGAGUAUUAGCCCGUUAAAUCGCUCCCUCACACGAGCUCUCCCGUGCGCCUGGAGCACGCCGCACACAUCUCAUGUGGUCAAGGACUCCAGCAAAGCAAUCAAUGCAUCUCUAGCUCUAUGGAUGAGAUACUGGACAGGGGUAGGCAACUAGAUACAGCUGCGGGCCGAUUUCUGUCCAAGUGGAUGGUCAGCGGGGCGGAACAUAAUGAUAAUAAUUUAUACACUACAAAUUGACCACAACAAAGCCUAAAAAUAGAUUAAAAUAAGAAUAUAUAUAUAUAUUUUUUUUUAUUUAGUGAGUUUUUCUUUUUUAAAAAUAUUUUUUCGUCAUUUAGCAGACGCUCUUAUCCAGAGCGACUUACAGGAGCAAUUAGGGUUAAGUGCCUUGCUCAAGGGCACAUCGACAGAUUUUUCACCUAGUCGGCUCGGGGAUUAGAACCAGCGACCAUUCGGUUACUGGCACAACGCUCUUACCCACUAAGCUACCUGCCGCCCUAAUUUCAUACCUUGAUUACAUUGAGACACGAUCACAAUGUAAAACAAAAUUAUUAGCAAAAUACUAUAUUUUUUGCAGAAUUCCGCGUGAUUUGACCCAAAACUAAAAUGUUACAAAAAAUGUUGGGGGGCCCAAAAAAACUCAUUUGCAGGCCGGUUGUGGCACACGGGCCGCCUGUUGCCGACCCCUGCUGUAGGGUUACUGUAUAGGUUAUAAUAGUAGAGUUAAGCUCGGACUUCCCCCUCCCUAACUGGAAACCUUCUUUAUGGAUUUAUAGUGGAUCAUGAAAACAUGCACAAUAUCUUCUUUGAUCUGCUUGAAGUAGCCUACUGCCAGCUUUAUGGCACCAAUGACUGAUGCACCACAUGCAGUACUGUACUAAUGGCUGCUAUAUGUGUCUCCUGCAGCCCAGCUUAUUUCUGUCCUUGACUGCUGACAGCCAACAAGUUCACUAAGCUCUCUGAGAAAACAACACUGAUUCUUACUGGGAGCUGGUCAGGUGCUGUGCAAAACUGACUCUGUGUAGAUUUAUGUGACAUUUUAAUGGGCAUCCAUGUUAUGAGAACCAUUGUAGGGCUGGGAGUGUUUUGGCAGGGUUUUCUGUUGGAUAUCAUUUGUGAAAUGAUAUGGGGUGAAUUCCAAUCUUGAGAAAGGUACUUGAGGAAAUGUAAACACAUCUUCCAUGUGUCUAUAAGCUAGACACAACUGUCAUUUCUCUCUCUCUCUCGCGCGCUCGUGCCUGCUAGUAUGAAGAUAGGUGACAGGUGUCUGUUUUGUCUGCUGGUUGGAAGAUGCAAUAUGUGACAAGUGUGUAUUUUUGUCAACAGAUCAAGUAUGCUGGAGGCUGUGUGACUGGCAGCUAUGGGACCAAAGAGGGACUAUCUUUUGGAUGUUACCAUGGUGACGGCACUGUGCCUUCUGUGUGAGUAGAGUACUUAAUGCUUUCCCUCUGUAAUGAACUAUCUGUCAUUCACUCUCUCCACAGCCACAUCCAUACCUGUCCCUACAUUCAGUCAUUUUCCCUCAGAAGGAUUAUAACAAUGCUUAUAAUGUCUUUUUUUGUUAACCCUCAUAGGGGUCACUCAUGGUCAGAAGCCAGAGGUGCGUGCCAAGGUAGGGGGUGUGGUGGAGAUGGAGUGUAGACUGCCACCCCCUGACACGGGUGCGUCUGCGCCACUGCACGUGGUGGAAUGGGUGCGCCAGGGAUUCGACAUCCCAGUCCUGAUCAAGUUUGGAGUGUAUGCUCCUCGGGUGCAUCCCAACUACGAGGGUAAGUCCGUCUUCAUCCCAUCAGAAGCUCAACUGGGAUCUAAUCUUACUGUAUGAGUGUUUCAUUUCAGCUCAAUAUCAGGUCCGUCUCAGCAGUUUCGUAACAUCUGUUGCCCAAGGCUGAGGUUUCCAGACCCAAAACAGUAUCUUCUAGAGUCCUUGUCCAUUAACACUAUCAAGCCCCCUUUUCUACAUUAAAAGUCUAUCCAGGCUUCAUCCUACCUACAGUUGAAGUCAGAGGUUUACAUACACCUUAGCCAAAUACAUUUAAACUCAGAUUUUCACAAUUCCUCACAUUUAAUCCUAGUAAUAAUUCCCUAUCUUAGGUCAGUUAGGAUCACCACUUUAUUUUAAGAAUGUGAAAUGUCAGAAUAAUAGUAGAGAGAAUGAUUUAUUUCAGCUUUUAUUUCUUUCAUCACAUUCCCAGUGGGUCAGAAAUGUACAUACACUCAAUUAGUAUUUGGUAGCAUUGCCUUUAAAUUUUUUUACUUGGGUCAAACAUUUCGGGAAGCCUUCCACAAGCUUCCCACAAUAAGUUGGGUGAAUUUUGGCCCAUUCCUCCUGACAGAGCUGGUGUAACUGAGUCAGGUUUGUAGGCCUCCUUGCUCGCACACGCUUUUUCAGUUUUGCCUACACAUUUUCAAUAGGAUUGAGGUCAGGACUUUGUGAUGGCCACUCCAAUACCUUGACUUUGUUGUCCUUAAACCAUUUUGCCACAACUUUGGAAGUAUGCUUGGGGUCAUUGUCCAUUUGGAAGAGCCAUUUGCGACAAAGCUUUAACUUCCUGACUGAUGUCUUGAGAUGUUGCUUCAAUAUAUCCACAUCAUUUUCCUUCGUCAUGAUGCCAUCUAUUUUGUGAAGUGCACCAGUCCCUCCUGCAGCAAAGCAUCCCCACAGCAUGAUGCUGCCACCCCCGUGCUUCACGGUUGGGAUGGUGUUCUUCGGCUUGCAAGUCCCCCCUUUUUCCUCCAAACAUAACGAUGGUCAUUAUGGCCAAACAGUUCUAUUUUUGUUUCAUCAGACCAGAGGACAUUUCUCCAAAAAGUACGAUCUUUGUUCACAUGUGCAGUUGCAAACCGUAAUUUGGCUUUUUUAUGGCGGUUUUGGAGCAGUGGCUUCUUCCUUGCUGAGCGGCCUUUCAGGUUAUGUCGAUAUAGGACUCGUUUUACUGUGGAUAUAGAUACUUUUAUACCUGUUUCCUCCAGCAUCUUCACAAGGUCCUUUGCUGUUGUUUUGGGAUUGAUUUGCACUUUUCGCACCAAAGUACGUUCAUCUCUAGGAGACAGAACGCGUCUCCUUCCUGAGCGGUAUGACGGCUGCGUGUUCCCAUGGUGUUUAUACUUGCGUACUAUUGUUUGUACAGAUGAACGUGGUACCUUCAGGCGUUUGGAAAUUGCUCCCAAGGAUGAACCAGACUUGUGGAGGUCUACUAUUUUUGUUCUGAGGUCUUGGUUGAUUUAUUUUGAUUUUCCCAUGAUGUCAAGCAAAGAGGCACUGAGUUUGAAGGUAGGCCUUGAAAUACAUCCACAGGUACACCUCCAAUUGACUCAAAUUAUGUCAAUUAGCCUAUCAGAAGCUUCUAAAGACAUUACAUCAUUUUCCGGAAUUUUCCAAGCUGUUUAAAGGCACAGUCAACUUAGUGUAUGUAAACUUCUGACCCACUGGAAUUUUGAUACUGUGAAUUAUAAGUGAAAUAAUCUGUCUGUAAACAAUUGUUGGAAAAAUUACUUGAGUCAUGCACAAAGUAGAUGUCCUAACCGACCUGCCAAAACUAUAGUUUAUUAACAAGACAUUUGUGGAGUGGUUGAAAAAUGAGUUUUAAUGACGCCAACCUAAGUGUAUGUAAACUUCCGACUUCAACUGUACAUCCUAACUUAACAGCUAUCUUCACUCAAAACAUACAGUAACAGUAACUCAUCCCUUUAUCAGCUUCAGUCCUCCUAACUGCACCACACCCCAAUGGUCUGUGUGAGCUGGGGGCUUUGUGUUCGUUGGUCCUCUCAGAUUGCAUCAUGGUCUAUUGUCCCCGUUCUGCCCUAGGGUCAGAGAACAAAGGCAGUCUGUGGGGAAAAGGGAUCUUCAAUAGAGCAAAAAUACCUUUUGUGACUGCUUCUGUCCUUUAAAGUCUCAGACAAAGGGCUUGACAUGGACUGAGAGAGAGCAUGUCUGGGUGCUUUAGAUCUUCCUUUAGUUAGGUUAAUCCUGUCUUCCAACGGGCUGCUGGGAGUGAGAUUUGACCUGUCUCUGGUCAUUGGAAUUUGUGCAUGGGCGCAGUGCAUUCAUGUGUGUUAUUGGCUAGGGCUCAGAAAUCACACUAUACACCUGUUCAGCCAAUUCGUAUUAGAAUGUUAGAGAGCCAGAUGACACACCCAUGCCAACCAGACAGGGAAAUACGAUAACCAUACAGACAUUUACAUGGUAAUGAAGUCAGUCAGCAGUCUGUGAUGAGAAGACUGAGUGAGGAUUGGAAGGAUUGAGCAGACUGAGUCAGGAUUCACCUCAGGUCAAUAAAAGACACUAGCUUUUUUUCUCUGUCCUUGAAGAAGAACCUCCACGGUUCAGUAAUGCCAAUUAUGGCUGAUUGAAGUUUUGCACUGAAUUGCAGCUUCACAAGGACUGGGACAGCAAUAGUGUUCCACCUAUUAGGGAGAUGAAGUGUUGAGACUCUUCUCAGGUGUCUUUUGCUAGACAGCCCCUCAGGUUGACUCAGGGUUGUGUUAGAGGCUCAAUGUCCACCUGUCAUAUCACACACUGUAACUACAUAGAUGUUACUCACCUGUUAGCUCAACCUGUAUUUAACCAUAUGUUUAACCUGCUUCCUGAAUUCAAUGUCUGUCUAUUAAGACAUUAUGCUCUUAUUUUUAUUGCCUCAUUAACUGUGCUGUAGAGCCAUAAAGCAGAGCUACAAUAAAGCCAUUCAGAGUAAUAUUACUUGAUGAUGAGAGAUAACGGAUGCCUCACUCUUCAAUGCUGUUCUUGCCAAAGAAAAAGCAAGAAAGUCUGACUAAUGUCCUCUGGAUAGGUCAGCCCUCUCCCCUCUAUUACGGAGGAGAAAGAGCUGAAUGGGUCUUUUCAGUGUGUGUUGUGUAUAUAGAGCAGAGGAGAUGGAGACCGCUUUGUAGAGAGAGAAGUGAUCUGGAGAGGAGAGCAGGUUGUUAGUUCUGUACACACAGAAAAAUGCUGAUUCAGACCCCAUGAGAAAGAAUAGUCAAUGCUUUGGUAAAUAUAGCUGUAUAAAUGCUGUGUAACAUCAUGGGAUCAUGUACUCUACAUUACUACCAGAGUGUCUACAAAGCAAAUAAAAAAUACAUAAAGAGCUCAUACUAUCUCCACUGUACUGGCCUGUAUAUUUUCCACCAUCUAUGGACCAGCAUUGGAUCAUAUUAUGAUUAUUAGGCUACUAACUGUAUUUUAUAGAAUUACUAAUAUUUAAUUAAGGCAUGCCUACGGCUCCAUAGCAGUUUCCUAAUCUCUGCUGUUGUUAGCGAGGUAGCCUUUAGCCAAACUGUGAUGAUUAAAAUGUAAAAUGAUCACAGCAUCUUCUUAACAGAAGAACAACUUGCAGACAUUGUGAACUUAAGGGUUUCAGGAGGUGAAACUCUAUCUGCUUUAUUCUCUGACCGAAACUUGAAUACCAGCGCCUGGUGACGACAUUUCUCAAGGAAGGGAUGGGCAUAUAGAUUCUGAAUUUCAUAUCCGUAGGCACUCAGAAAGUCCCAUCAGCAACUAACAAAUUCUGAUAUUUACACAAAUGCAAAGCUGUGAUAGUAGAUUGACGGCAGCCUAUGUGUAAGUUUAGCAUAUUUUAGUGAUCCUGAUCUAAUCUGUUUGAUUGUUGCCAUUCAUCUACAAAUUAAAACAUAACAUUAUACAGUGAGGGGAAAAAAGUAUUUGAUCCCCUGCUGAUUUUGUACGUUUGCCCACUGGCAAAGACAUGAUCAGUCUAUAAUUUUAAUGGUAGGUUUAUUUGAACAGUGAGAGACAGAAUAACAACAAAAAAAUCCAGAAAAAAACAUGUCAAAAAUGUUAUAAAUUGAUUUGCGUUUUAAUGAGGGAAAUAAGUAUUUGACCCCUCUGCAAAACAUGACUUAGUACUUGGUGGCAAAACCUUUGUUGGCAAUCACAGAGGUCAGACGUUUCUUGAAGUUGGCCACCAGGUUUGCACACAUCUCAGGAGGGAUUUUGUUCCACUCCUCUUUGCAGAUCAUCUCCAAGUCAUUAAGAUUUCGAGGCUGACGUUUGGCAACUCGAACCUUCAGCUCCCUCCACAGAUUUUCUAUGGGAUUAAGGUCUGGAGACUGGCUAGGCCACUCCAGGACCGUAAUGUGCUUCUUCUUGAGCCACUCCUUUGUUGCCUUGGCUGUGUGUUUUGGGUCAUUGUCAUGCUGGAAUACCCAUCCACGACCCAUUUUCAAUGCCCUGGCUGAGGGAAGGAGGUUCUCACCCAAGAUUUGACGGUACAUGGCCCCGUCCAUCGUCCCUUUGAUGCGGUGAAGUUGUCCUGUCCCCUUAGCAGAAAAACACCCCCAAAGCAUAAUGUUUCCACCUCCAUGUUUGACGGUGGGGAUGGUGUUCUUGGGGUCAUAGGUAGCAUUCCUCCUCCUCCAAACACGGCAAGUUGAGUUGAUGCCAAAGAGCUCGAUUUUGGUCUCAUCUGACCACAACACUUUCACCCAGUUCUCCUCUGAAUCAUUCAGAUGUUCAUUGGAAAACUUCAGAAGGGCCUGUAUAUGUGCUUUCUUGAGCAGGGGGACCUUGCGGGCGCUGCAGGAUUUCAGUCCUUCACGGCGUAGUGUUUUACCAAUUGUUUUCUUGGUGACUAUGGUCCCAGCUGCCUUGAGAUCAUUGACAAGAUCCUCCCGUGUAGUUCUGGGCUGAUUCCUCACCGUUCUCAUGAUCAUUGCAACUCCACGAGGUUAGAUCUUGCAUGGAGGCCCAGGCCGAGGGAGAUUGACAGGUCUUUUGUGUUUCUUCCAUUUGCGAAUAUUCGCACCAACUGUUGUCACCUUCUCAUUAAGCUGCUUGGCGAUGGUCUUGUAGCCCAUUCCAGCCUUGUGUAGGUCUACAAUCUUGUCCCUGACAUCCUUGGAGAGCUCUUUGGUAUUGACCAUGGUGGAGAGUUUGGAAUCUGAUUGAUUGAUUGCUUCUGUGGACAGGUGGCUUUUAUACAGGUAACAAGCUGAGAUUAGGAGCACUCCCUUUAAGAGUGUGCUCCUAAUCUCAGCUCGUUACCUGUAUAAAAGACACCUGGGAGCCAGAAAUCUUUCUGAUUGAGAGGGGGUCAAAUACUUAUUUCCCUCAUUAAAAUGCUAAUCAAUUUAUAACAUGAAUUUUUCUGUAUUUUGUUGUUGUUAUUCUGUCUCUCACUGUUCAAAUAAACCUACCAUUAAAAUUAUAGACUGAUAAUUUCUUUGCCAGUGGGCAAACGUACAAAAUCAGCAGGGGAUCAAGUACUUUUUUCCCUCACUCUAAGUGCAUUAUUUGAGCAGAUCCAUUGUCAUGCGUCUGUGCUGUUAGUGUUGAUGCUUUUCCGUUGGUCUGUCACCUGAGAGCUGAGGCCAUUGAAGGAUGAAACCUAGCUGGGCUUUGUCUAGUGAUGCAUUCAGUGCAAUGGGGUGUGGUCAAAUUUUUGGAGUUGCUGGACUGGACAUCCAAAGGAAACAUAUUAGUCACAUAGGACUUGUAUCUGAACUAAUGGGUGUGGGAGAGAGCCAAAGGAGAGGAGGGACCGGCCAGUGGAGAUUGAGAGAAAGAGGGGGAGGAGUGGUAGCCUCACGAGCCACUUGAUCCCACGAGCUUACAUGAAUGGUUCGCUGCAGCGGCAGUCAGUCUGGUAUAUACAGGGCUAGAGGAGUGCUGAAGGAGAGUGACAUUUGGUGGUUGCAGAGAAUGCCAUGAUGUGGGAGAAUGGCUGCCAAAGAGGACGGUCACUGGGCCAGUCUUGUGAUUGUAUUUAAAUCAACAAUUCCUUCACUGAAACCCCACGCUAAGCCCUACUAAACUCAUUACAGAGUUGAUUAGUUUGCAUAUGCAAUACUGUGCCUGUGUUAGUGCAUACAUGCGUCUCUCUCUCUCUCUCUCUCUCUCUCUCUCUCUCUCUCUCUCUCUCUGUCUCUCUGUCUCUCUCCCUCUCCCUCCUCUUGCUUUCUCAAUUUACCUAUUAUUCAAAUCUAGAGGUGCAUUUUUUUCAUGUGGACCUUUACAUAUCACAACAGCGGUAGGCGAACCAAUCCCUAGUGUGUGUGUGUGUGUGUGUGUGUUAGUAUGUGAAUGUGUAUUUUGCUCUGACCGUGACCCCCAUGUGGAUUUAGCCCCCAUUCCAUUUGGAAAAGUAAACAUGAUGUGAUGUCAUAGUCGGUUCCUCAUCUGUUAUCACAGCCACCAUCCCUUUAACUACAGUAGCUUCCUGAUCCCCACUGUGGCCAUAGAAACAGUCCCUCCCUGUCACUAGAGACAAGGUCUAAGGUUAAUGAUUAGCUCAACACACCUCAAUGACUCAAUGUCAUAACCACAUUAGCGCUACAGUGUGAGGCAUGCUCAUGUUCUUGUAAUGUCUGUUUAUGGUGUAUGUGUCUGGCAAACAAACACUGGAUAUUCUCCUCAAUGCUUCACUGUCUGUAAAGACAGGCUUAUCACACUGCUAAACUGCACUGUUUCAGUUAUUUAGUUGUGAAAAUGGCUUUAUUGAAUAACAAAAGAAAUGACAACUUAAGAGAUGGAGUGAGGGAGAUGAGAGAGGGAGAGAAAAGCCACAGGGAAGGAGGCAAGGAGGGGUGAGUCAGCAAACACCAUUGCCACAGGGUGCAGUCACCUGGCAACCAGGAGAUCAGAUUUCAAAGCUCACGAUGACGAUCCCAGUGUGUGUGUGUGUGUGCGUGUGUGUGCGUUUGAUGAUGUUUGGAAGUGAAGGCUUUAUCUAUAGGCAAUUGAAGUACCAUAGAACAUUCCUAUCAGUUGUAAAGCACACAUUCUUUGUAUUGAACCCCCCCUGAAAUUCCUCAUUAUUUCCAGUGAUUUGAUUGGUUAUGACCCUGUCUCGUGCCCUCUGACCCCUGUGUCCUCCCCUGUGUCUCCAGGCCGAGUGUCUCUGGUGAGGAAUACUGUCUUGAGGGUGAAGGGACUCCUCCUAGAGGACCAGGGCCUGUAUGAAUGUCGCAUCCUCCUGCUGGACAAAACCACAGAUGAGACCCGCAAUGGCACCUGGACCCUACUGUCUGUCACUGGUGAGUGGAGGGGCUUGUGAUGGGGAGGGGAUUUAUUUUAAGGCCAUGGAACCCUAUUAUCCUCAUCCCAUACAGCCCUAUUACCCUAUCAUAUCAUAUACGCACACUCCCUCUAUCUCUCUAUGACCUCUCUCAACAAAACAUGACUGCUCAGACAAAUAUAGCACAAAAUCCCACACAGACUAGGCAGACUUUUGGUGAGGUGAGAGAGGAGCAGGAGAGGAGCAGAAGCAUUAGGACAGAUUAGCCAGGCACAUGGCCUGGUCAAAGACAGGCCCUGCAGGUCACGUCUCAGGCCCAUUGUCUAAUGAGGUUAAGAUGCCUUGGCAGGAGGGCCUAGAGCACACAGCCAGGCAGAACAGCUCUAUCUGUUUCCUAAACAAACAAAUGCUUUACUCACUCACUGGUGAACUGUACAGUAAAUGACUGGCGUCUAAGGGAUAUUUGCUUACCCCAGGUCAAUCGCCUUCAGCCAAUAUGACUUUAAACUUUGUCAAACCUGCUGAUUCUGCUUUGUUUUUUAUGAGACCUUCACCUUUACAAUCGGUUUAGCUCUCUCUGUGGAAAAGGGAUUGAGGAUGUUGUGUUGACUGUCUUUAUUGUUGUUCUGUAGCUCCUCCUAUUUUCACCAAGACCCCUCCCCCUGUCAUGGAGACUCUAGUGGGGAAUCCUCUCUCUCUGGCCUGCGUUGCCCACGGUAACCCACUACCCACCAUAACCUGGGCUAAAGAUGGUACUCUGAUUGGAGGAGACAAGGUUGAGGUGAGGAAUCAUGGUUCAGUCUUCAUGACUAAACAUUUAACAAAAAACAAAAAUUCACCUCUACAAUCCCACAUUGCAAUCUAUCUGUCUCUCAAUGCAAACUUUAUUGUCCCUGCAGGGAAAUUAAUUGCUCUUUCUCUCACUCUCGCUCUCUCUCUCCCCCUCCCCCUCCCCCUCCCCCCUCCCCCUCUCUCGCUCUGUCUCAGGUUCUGAGUGGGACACUGUCUCUCAGAGCAGUGGACAGGGAGUCAGAAGGACAGUAUGAAUGUCUCGCCUCCAACACAGAGGGCAAUGUGACUCAUGUGACAAAGCUUAAAGUCAAAGGUCAGUCGCUGUUUGUCUGUUUGUUUGUUUAUGAGUUCCCUGUCUACAGUUUCCCCCUGGGUCAUACUAGAAGAAUAGAAAAAUUCAGCAGAAUACUCUGUCCUUAUUUUCUCCCAAUCGUAGUCACUGGAAUCCCCACUGAUACACAGUGAGUCAUACAAUCUCCCAUCACUUUGUCUAGUAUUACCUUGAUCCUCUGUUGAGUGUGGAGAGGCAUUAUCGCCAUCUAGUGGUGGAUGUGUGAUGUUCAGUUACGGGUGGAUCCAAGGGUUUAUACAUUAUGUUGUGUCCUUACUGUGGAUAGUUUUCCUCAUAAAUUUCACUUAUGUAAUAGAAUAUGUUCCAUUUAUUUUUAAGUCAUACUAUGUUAUGCCCCAUGACGUCAAUAUGACCAGGAUAUGCCGUUUAGAUUUGGGUGUGUUUUUGGCAGUGACACCUGUUUGGAUUAUAAUAAGGCUUUGAUUUCUGGCUGUAGUCACUUUUUCAAAUCCUUAUGUAAGCCUAUAAAACAGGCCUUCAAACAAAUCCUCUAAGAAUUUAUCUCAAUCAGCCAUAACCUCCCAACAUGAAUGUCACUGCCAUGCUGUGUAGUACCGUAGUGUUGCUCUCACCAGAUAACUGAUUGGAGUUUAGAUAUCUUGCUAAUCUGCAAUGUCCUGCUAAGUUUUAUCAUGGAAAGAAAUCCCUGAUCUAUUCUAUCUGGUCUCAAACAGGUCCUCCAGUCAUUGUUAUCCCCCCGAAGGACACCGCCCUCAACAUGACCCAGAAUGCCCAGCUGCGGUGCCAGGCGGUGGCUGAUCCACCCAACAUGACCUAUGUGUGGCAGAGAGAGGGAGAGAAUGUCUACCACAUAGAGUGAGUUUAGUGUAUUUUUACCCGGUUUCUUUAUAUUGGAUUUGUGUAUUUACAUGGGAUUUUGCGUAUGUUGUAAUGUUUCUAAUGAGGCGUUUGCUCUAUUUGAAUGUCCUGAAUGUGUUUUAAGUUUUGUUUUGUUUUGUUGUUAGGGCUCUGAAGUCCCGUGUGAAGAUCAUGGUGGACGGCACCCUCCUCAUCACCCGCAUUACCCCAGACGAUUCUGGGAACUAUACCUGCAUGCCCACCAACGGACUGUUGAUUCCGCCUACUGCAUCUGCCAAUCUCACUGUGAGACGUAAGUGUCUAUGUGUUGAUGCGUUCAUCUUCAAUCUUCAGUUCCAACAUAAUGACACAAAUCCUUCCUAUCCAUCAAUCCAUCCAUGUUCCUCUCAGACCCUGCCCAGGCUCUCCUGAUGCCCCCGCAGACAUAUCUCCCCACAGGCCUGGGAGGUCUGGUCUCCUGCUCUGUGAGAGCCCAGCCCCCCCUGCUUCGCGUCGACUGGACCAAGGAUGGACAGCCACUGGAUCUGGCCAUGGUGGGGAGAUCAGCCUCAUAUCUACCCUCAUAGAGAUACCCAUUAACUGUCUGAUGCUGCUGAAUUUCAAUUUACAUAAGGAAUCAAUAUACCCUGUAGGCCUACUGCUCAAAAGAAAAAAUGUUUCCAUUUAAAAGAGAUGUAUAUAUCAUUUUAUGGGCUUGGCACACUUAGCUUUAUCCUCAGCUAGGAUAUUAGUUGCUAUUCAUUAUUCAUACUAAGCUAAAUUAAAAAACUGUUGAGAAGUUCUCUGACCCCUCGCUCUGUUUUAUCCAAUCAGUACCCAGGAUGGACGUUGACGUCUGAAGGCUCGGUGUUCAUGGCUACUGUCAAUGAUGAUGCAACAGGCGUGUACAUGUGUACCCCUUACAACAGCUACGGGACCAUGGGCCAAUCAGGGCCCACUACAGUCAUCCUACAGGUCAGGGUGCACCCAAUGUUCUCUAGCAGUUUAUUGCACAGUACAGAAAUUACCAGCUAUUUACUUAGAAAUGACGUGGUAAAAUGGUAAUUGCACAAUAAUAACUUCUGCAAUAUUGGUUUGUUUCUUAAAGAAUGAUUGCUACCAAUUUUGUAGCAGGUAGUUGGUUACCAAUUUUGUGCAAUUUAACUAGACUAGAAUGUCCCAUUUUUACCACUUAGUUUCCUUGUAAAUUGCAGGUAAAUACCUAUGAAAACAACACUGUAAAAUAAAUUGCUACCCAAUUAAAAGCCUCUCAUACCGAAGAGAGAGCUCUUAUCUGAGAUAGCCAAUUAACAUUUUGAUUACCUUUUUACACUCCUCUAAUUGUCAGCCUGUUACUUGAAUUGAGUUGAAUGUGGUCUGAUUACAAUAGCUCCUGUAUAUCAAGGUUAAUUCUGGAUCUAAUCCUUUUGCAAAUAGCAUAAUCUUCUGAAGGUAAUCAACUGUUUCACUCACUUUCUCUAAUUACGAUAAAGUCCUUGACUAAAUGACACGGCUGGUUGUUUUGUUACGACCUGCAGGACCCCCCGUCACUCAGCGUGUGUCCCCGUAAGGAGUAUAGACAGGAGGUGGGGAGAACGCUUGUUAUUCCCUGCCAGACCACUGGAGAUCCAGCCCCUAGUAUAACCUGGAGCAAGGUGAGAGCACUCCAACACACCCCACAGCAAAUGGCUGUACUCUACUGACUUCUUCAGUCAACAAGCCAGCACACAGGCCUGUCAACCUGUGAAUAAGAUGGUAUGAACUGUGGACAAACCCUGAAGCAGAAAUAGCUAUUAUUUAACACACACCUGCAAGCAAGCACCCCUCUCCCGAACAAACAGAGACAAACACCUCACUGAUUGCAGAUUACCCUUCAUCAGCAAUCAGCCCAGCUUGUGUGUCUGAUCUCUCUGUCCUCCCUGUCUGUAGGUUGGACCUGCCACACGCUCUCAGUACUCUGUAGCAGCCAACGGCUCCCUGCUGCUGCUUCCGCUCAGUAAAGACCACCAGGGGGAGUGGGAGUGCAGCGUUACAAACCGCGUGGCCACUGUCAAAGCCAGCACUCUCAUCUCAGUGCUGGGUGAGUGGAACGUACAGACUGACUGACACACAUCUACAUCAUCUUUAUUAAUGUAGCUACUAUGUAAAGUGUUCAUGUCUAAUGUUUUUUCAACACUGAGCGAAUUUCAGGUCUGCUGAGCGCAAACUUGAACUUUGUGAAAAUUCUGUGUAACUUCCAGCGCGUGUUUACUGAGGCUGUACCCGCUUUAAGUUACAAUUGUAACAGUGGCCAAGUAGGCUACUGUAGCUAUUUGAUCAUAAUGUAGGCCUACCAGAGUGACCUACCAUCAAAACCAAUGGAGAAAAUGCAUCCCAUAACAUUUUAACAUGGAAAUAGCUGUUCUAUCAUUCAGCAUACAGUAGCAGCCAAUGUGUGGUGUUCAAUGUAGGCCUACAUUCCAUGCAGGGCUUGACAUUAACCUGUUUAUCCACUGUCCUUCAGACAAGGAGGUUACUGAAAAUGUUGUUGUGUUGUUUGAUGCAAGAAACCACUUUACAAAAUUAAAUGCAUUAUUAUUCCCAUACCAUUAUUACAGAGAAUCAGACAAAUUAUGCUGCCCUCUGCCUAUUGGCUACUUAGCUUAUUCAAGCCUGUCUCAAAAUAUAACACUGCCCCUUUAAGACAAAAAAAAGCUCUUUACCUGACUCGCUUUUCAAAGAUUUCUAGAAAUGUACACGUUUUGCACUCUUGUAGGAAGCAAUCACUCCCCUAUUUCUGAAUACAAAUUAUCUAUAGCUGGGCUAAUAACUCACUAACUAGCAAAGGAUAUUAACUAAAUGUGCACACGUGGCUACAUGCAGCUCUCGCUUUGAUCUCAAAACAAGCGCAUCUACUCACGACUGCUCAUGCUGUAAACACAGUCCAGUUCAAAGUAAAUGGCACAAAUCCAUAUAUGGCAAUGGUCUAUUUGCAUAUAGGCCUACUGCAGCUCUGAUUGGUUAUGCCGCACUGUUCUGUGUAGAGUACGGGCUGAGUCGUGCAUGUUAAUGCAAUAGAAUCCUACUCUGAUUCGUUCUGUCUACAACAAAAGCUCUUGCAUAGUUAGUUUUGUUUUGGUACGUCGCUCUCAACAUCGCUCCACUCUCCCUUUCCUCCACUGACACUGACCAAAAAGGGACACCAUCUUCCAGCUGAUGGCGAAACUCGAGUCGCAUUGCAUUAUUUCUGCCUCAUGCACAAAUUCAUGUUGUUACUCCUAUGAACAGAGAAAGUGAAAUAUUCCUCAGUAUUAAAAAAGACCCAAGCCUCUAAUAAUAACAUCAACACAAGCCUAUAGAUACACUUUCCUCAUUCAUUACUGCAGCAGUGCUUGUUGUAGCGCUGAGUGGAAAUAGGAAGAACACGCAUUUUAUGGCUUAUAAAAGUGUUGAAUUCAAAGUGUAUGAACUUAAACAUGAACUCACUCAUAAAAACAGUAGCUCUUUGCUGUAUUCGUUGACAGUUUCUCUCUAGUCAUGGUUUUAAACGUUUUAAAUCUCACAGUAUCAACUUUGAUUUAGUUUACUUUUAUGCCUGCUACGUUACCACAGACAUGGUUAUCUGAGCCAUCCAAUUGGCGGUAGGCCUAUAGUGCACUUGAUUUGCUCUCCGGGCCCGUCGGGAUUCCAAAUGGCAACAGUUCGCCUACCCGGCGCGCAGGGCAACUGAAUCGGGUGCACCUACCGCCAACAGCAUGAGACAAAACAAAGAAAAAUGAACACAAGGCGUUAUCGUUGGGUUUUUUACGGAAAUGUUUGGCGAUUGACUAGGAAUGCCUUGGAGAUCGACCACUGCUCUAGAAAGUUGAGUUAAGUUCAAUCUCGUGCUUCUCUCUGCGUGGCAGUCCCUGGGGAGCUGUCUAGGCUACUGCUUAGUUUAGAGCCAACAUUAUUCAUGACGUUAUGUAACCGCACCAGUAUGUUACGAAUCAACGUAAAAUAAUGACGCUCAUCUUAUCACUACUCUCCCCUUUCUGACUUUUCACUCCCUCUCUCUCUUCUCCUCCUUCUCUGUCUCUCAGGCACCAGUCCCCAUGCUGCCACCAUGGUGUCUGUGUCUCCAGGGGCAAAGCUGGCAAAUGUGUCCUGGGAACCAGGCUUUGAUGGGGGAUACACCCAGAAAUUCACAGUCUGGUGAGUCAUCUACUCUUCUAGUCUAUGUUCUGUCUCCCUCUCCAUGGCCUGGCCUUGUAACCAUAUUAGCAGCAUAUUAAUAUAUUGCAUUGAAUGUCAGUGGAGGACAGCUCAUCAUCAGCAGCAGCAGCAGAGGUAAACAAUCACAAACAGAGAAUCAGACAAACUGUAUUGACAUAGAUGGGGACAGAACACAGAAACCCACCAGUAAUUACUGAUGCCAGAUGGAGCAAAGUUUGAAAGACAAACCGCUUGAAAAAGGACAGUGUUCCACAAAAGUUAACAUGUCCUUCACCAUGCUUUUUCAAGCAGUUUAUUUUACAAAUGUUGACCCAUCUCUUGAAAACAAUGCUAUUGUAUAAAAUCUCUACAUUAUCAUAUAGAUCUAUUGCAUGGGAGCAUAAAAUGCAUUGUGCAGAGUCUCUUUAUAUGCACAGACACACACACACACACACAGACAGACACACACACACACAGACAGACAGACAGACAGACAGACAGACAGACAGACACAGAGACACAGACAGACAGACAGGCAGACAGACAGACAGACAGACAGACAGACAGACAGACAGACAGACACAGACACAGACACAUACUCGCUAUUUCUAUCUCUCUUUAUUUUUAUUUCUCUCCAUUCACUCCACCUCUCACUGUCUCUCUGCAGGUUGAAGCAGAUGUCUGUGGGUGAUAGUGGGGAGAAACAGGAGUGGCUCUCUGUGCCCGUGCCCUCCUCCUCUGGCUCCAGUCUGCAGGUGACGGGGCUGGUCCCUGCCACAGAGUACCAGUUCAGUGUCCUGCCACACAACAAAGUGGGCACUGGGCCUUUCAGCGAAAUCGCCACAAUCCGAACUCUGAGUCAGUACCUGUUGUGUUGAAGUGACUUUGGUCUACAUUGUCUCUUUAGAGCCUGAAUGACAUUGUCUACUCUAAGGCUGCAUGCUUGAAGAAUAAGACCGUUUUCUUCUCCAAAUUAUAGUUCCAAAGUAGGUCUAUUUUUUCUAAGUGUGUUCUGUCUUAUGCCUUCAGAUCCACUCCCAAGGAGAGCGAAACUAGAGCCACCCACAUCGCUGUCAGCCAAUCAGAGCUCGGCAGGUAUAGUCCUGCAGUGGUCCCCCUUGUCUCAGUUCCCGCCCAUUACUGGAUUCGUCCUCCAAUCGCGCACUGAGCAAGGGGAGUGGUUCAAUCUGGACGAGGACAUCAGUGCCAAUAGGAGUGUGAUGAUCGUUCCAGGUCUGCGCAAGGUAGCCACCAGUCCCUGUUAGUCACUCCCUCAGAGACCAGUCAGCAGACAUCAGUCUUAAAGACUCUUCUGUCAGUUAAACACCACAGUGAUAUUUAAGUUAGGAAGCCUCUCUCAGACUUAUCACAUGACAGCUAUCAUAUUUCUUCCUUCUUUCAAUCUAUAUCCUUUCUCCCCUCUCUGUCUGCCUCCUCUGUCCUGCUCUCCUUCUCUUCCCUAAAUCUGAAUUCAGAUGAGCCUGAUUAGCAUUGCAGGCGAAAUCCUAUGUUGACAAAGUGUGGUUUCGUCCCUCCGUCCUCCCCUGUGUGUGUGUGUGUGUGUGUGUGUGUGUGUAGGACUGUGUGUACGAGCUGCGGCUGGUGUCCCGGCGAGGGGAGUUGCUGAGCGAGCCCAGUCCAUCAGUCAACGUCUCCACCAUGGGUUAGUGUUUCAGGCUGGGGAUCCUGGCAGGACCAGACUGGCAGCCCUUCUCCUCUCUGUAACAUCACCACAGGCACCACAGGCCCAUUACAGAAUUAGAACAUCCCUCUGGAGAAUACUGGUCUUUUAGGAGUCUGAGUUAUGAAAUAUUGCAGCUAAUAACUUUUUAACAUGAUAUUAAUAUUUCACCAUGGGACAUAUUGAAGACAGAUAUAUCAGAGAUAGUGUCAUGCUUUUAUUAUGCUGUAUAUUGGACAAACUGCCCCAGUGUAUUUACUGUAAGGGAAUACAUUGUUAACAUUUGGUUGUGGUAGAGUUCUGUGUUAUGGAUGCUGAUGUUGCGGUCAUGUCACAGGGAUGGAUAUGUACCCUGCCAGUUCCCACUUCCUGGAGUUUGUUCCCGAGCCGCUAUUGGCUGGAGUGAUGGGCGGCGUGGGCUUCCUGUGUUUGGCCUUCAUCCUGGUCCUAGGGUCAGUGUGUAUCUUCAGUCACAAGAGAGACCAGCGACGCAGGAAGAAGAAAGAUGGUAAACAUUAUCACUUAACUAAUCACAUGCACUAUGAACACCAUUAUACAGUAUGUAGAUGGCUUCCAAUACACUUUCAUAAAUCAUACUUCAGUGCAUAGACAUGACGCCAUGCUUGUCAACCCCAUUCCCCUUUCGUUGUAAAAUAUAUUAAUUUCGUUUACACUGCUAGCUAAUUAGGGUCAUUUCUCAUUAAUGUGGCUGAUUAAUGUGUAAUUAACUUUGAGGCACGGCCCAUUGCUGUGCCUCCGGCCAUUUUUGUCCGCUUUGAUUGGGCUCAUAUUAUUGGGCUUUUGUUUUUUCAUUGAUUCCUUUCCAUGGUGACAGUGUCAUUGUGAAUCAUCAUCUCCCCCCCCCCCCCAUUCAGAUCUCCUUCCUGCCAUCUAUAAAAGCCCCCCCUCAAUGUAAGUACCCUUCCUUCAUAAUAUCAUUCAUUGUUCUCCCUCUCGUUGCCAUUUUGUUUUACUUACUGUAAGCUGAGUUUUUUUCAGACUUUCCGAAGAUUUUAAUGUACCAUACCCAGCCAUCGCCUUUGUCUUAAUGUAUUUUUUUUCAAGACUGGUAUCUUCAAGACAGUUUAAGAAGUCUUCAUGACUCGCUAUAGAUAAAUGUUCAUUUUUUCCAAGACAUCUUAAGAUGACUCAAGAUGUCUUCACAAAACAUCUCAAGACAUGGUGAUGGCUCAGUAAAAUGGCCCCCUCGUCCUUCAUUUAAACCCCUUAUCUCGCUCUCUCGUAGCGGGUCGCUUGCUAGCAGUCCAGACAGUGUGCUGAAGCAGAAGCUCCUCCCUCCCGACUGCCACCCCCACUAUCCCGGCUCCACCUCCCCUUCCUCCUGCUCCUCCUCCCAGUCGGACCACUCCUCCUUCGGCAGACCUAGCCGCAGUGAAUACCAGGACCAGCGCCAGCAUCUGCUCUCCUGCCCCCCACCUCCUCCUCACUAUGCCCCCCAACACCACCACCACCUCCCCAGGACAGGCUUUUCUCCCACUUCCCCUCUAGAGUUCAUCUCUAGAGGCCCUGACGGUCGCUUCAUUGUGCAGCCCUACGACCAGGCCUCCGUCCCCACCUCCCACACCAUGAGAUCCCUGAGGAAAGACUUCCCACAAUCCACUGGGGUCCAGAGGUCAGUGUCCCUUCGCUCUGAGAAGAGCGUGAGGAGGGAGCCGCCGUUCGUCCUCUCAGUGGACCUACCCCCCUGUGGUGGAACUGACGCCAACCCCACGACCAGGGUCCGGGCCAUGGCCAAACACCUCUCCCUCCACGGACGCUUCUACCUGGAUGGGGAGCAGGACAGUUGUGCUGGACAUCCAGACGAGAGUAGUCUCUACUCAGACAGUAACUCAGACAUGUACCCCCAGCCAAGCCUGGAGGAGAGCAAUCCAGGAUACCCAUCCCUAAAGCGGGCCGUCCAGCCGGCCACUGCCAGCACCCUGGUGCUGCAGAUGGAGCAUGAGAGGGAGACCGGCAACCUGAGCAGGUGUCUGAAGCUGGCCCGGGAGAGAGAGGAGCUGGAGAGAGAGCUACGGAAGUACACACUAGAUAGUAAUGCUACUUUAGACGGGAAGAGAGGGGGACCAGGCAGCGACGAGGAGAGGUGGAGAGGGACUGAAGAGUGCGAUCCCAUAUGGAAACCUCAGGACAACACUUCACCACACAGUCACCCCCAUCAUCACAGUCACCCCCAGGUCAACAGGGGGUGCUCUAGCAUGGCCAAAGGCCCUUCAUCCCCGUCCUAUAUUCACUGGGAGGCCAGCCCACUCACCUCAGCCACCAGCAUGGUCCCAGCACAUCAGACCCCCUCUGAUAGGACAGCGACCCUCCACUGUGACCCUCCACUCACCCAGUGUCCCUCUCUGUCACCUGUCACACAACACCACUUCAGGUCAGAGAGAGCAGAGUGUCAGUCUAAGAGGGUGAGCCAACAGCCACUAGACAGGCAGGAAGGGAUAGAGACUGCAAGGGUCAAGACACACACAGGGCUUUGUGAUGAAACUCACAUGUCAACGGAGUUGAAGAGAGGUGACUUCGAGUCACAUGAAUGGAACAGCAAGAGCAAUCAAUGCCUUUUUAAUGUCAGCGUUUCACACACGUCUAAGCCAGAUGUCUCUGUCAACAAAGUGCCUGGUUCAUGGAGAGUGGAGUUAGCAAGGUCACAGCCAUGUGAAGAGUCAUCUCUCCACACAGUGGUGGAUCUCUCAGACUGUGUAGAAAUUAGUGUGGAUGAACCAGAGGAUGAAGGCUCAGUGGAUCCUCCUACAAAUCCCAUAAGGCAGCAGAGACAUGCCCAUCAGGUAAACAAUGAGUCCCCAUUGGCCGUGAAAGACCACAGAGGACCACGAACCACGAAAGACCACAGAGGCCAUCCAUUAGCCCACAGGAACAGCCCAGUACCUAGGGAGGAGCGGGAGAGGUGGCACAGGAGGUCAUCUCGAAGCAGAAGCCCAGUUACCAUUCAGCCUCCUAGGCCGGCGCUCAGGAAGGCUAUCAGUCUAGGAGGCUUUCAGAACGGGGACGGCCGCAACCACCAGCGCAGCCGGAGUCUAGACUCCAGGAGACAAUCCCAGGGUAACUUCCUGAUGCCUGACGCCUGGGUCGACUCUCUCAGCCAGGAUAACUGCUCCUCUCCCUUCUCCUUCCGCCCAGACUCUGUCUUCUGGGAACCUGAAAGCACCUUAGCUCCUGAGACCCCCAUCCACACAGAGGCCCCCCUUGCUUCCCAGCCUCCCCUUCCCCCGCCCCCUCCCCCCCAGGACCCACGACCUCCCAGCAGGACCCCACAGCAUCUCUGUGAAGCAUAUAGGGGUGAUAUGCACAUCCCAAGCAUAAGAAAACCGGUGCUGGAGAGACAGCAGCAGCUCCCCCCAACCCCUCCUUCAGUGCCUUCCAGCCCCAGUCACCCCCCCCACGACCCCAGGAAGAAGGCUUCCAUCUUCCCAGACGCCUACAGGUGGCCCAUCACCUACCAGGAGGCCCUGAGGUCAGUGCAGCGCAUGGAGGCCAGGAAGAAUACAUCUCUCCCCAGGGACCACAGGGAGCACCCCAGACCCCCAGACUGUAGAGGCAGAACCACAGCUCCCUCCCUGCUCAGGGGUUACAGCUGGCCUGCACCCCAUCACACCCCUCAGCCACCCCAGGAGGAGGAGAAAAAGCAGGAGGAGGUAGUAGUGGAGGAGGAAAAGGAGGAGAAGUAUGGGGGGCAUGAGGUGGAGAUUGGGAGGUAUCAUCGGGGAGUGCCAGACUCAGGGGGGAGCUACAGUAGCUAUGCCAGCCAGAGCAGUGGCAGGGGGAGUCUGGAGCCUCCAAACGGGCGCCUGUCCAUCUGCCUGUCCCCAACCCUCACCAGCUCUCCUGAGUCCACCGAGGAGAUGCAGGGAAACACAGUGGAGACACACCUACAGGACAUGGCGGCAUUGAAAAGGUGAGUCUGUGUCCCUUGAGCUAGUAUGUACUUCAGUCUCCCUUUAUUUUGUAUCUCUAUUGCUCUCUUUCUACAUUAUCUCUUUGACAUUGAGCAUCAUGUUACGCAAUGAAUAGCUGAUGAGAUAACAUUUUAAACUUGAGCAAUUACAAACUUUCCACUUGUGUGUGUGUGUGUGCUUCUUCAGGAGAAAGGCUUCAGUGGAUGAGAAUUAUGAGUGGGAUUCAGUUGAUGUGUCCAUUCAGCCAGGAGAAAACCUUGAAGGCAGAGGUAUGAGAGCUAUAUUGUUCUUUUAAGACUGGCAUGCCUCUGUCUGUGAGUGAAAGAUGUUCAGAACAGAUUUUAAUAACACUAGCUCCGUUGCUUAAGAACAGGCAUGUCAAACUCAUUUUUCCCUCAGGGCCACAUUCUGUCUUCACCAAGGCUGCAUGGCAAAUUGGGUAUAUUGCCUUGCUGUCAAGAUCCGCAAAAAAAUAUAAUUUCUAUCCAAUAUUUUGGGACUUUUUGAUUGUUCCGGACUGUCUACACUCUUAAAAAAAAAGGUGCUAUCUAGAACCUAAAAGGGUUCUUCGGCUGUCCCCAUAGUAGAUCCCUUUGAAUAAGCUUUUUUGGUUCCAGGUAGAACCCUUUCGGUUCCAGGUAGACCCCUUUUGGGUUCCAUGUACAACCCUUUCCACAGAGGGUUCUACAUGGAACCCAAAACAGUUCUACCUGGAACCAAAAAGGGUUAUCCUAUGGGGACAGCUGAAGAACCCCUUUGGAACCCUUUUUUCUAAGAGUGUAGCUUUCGUUUUGGUGAUUGUUAGCGGGCUGAACAAGGUGAAGACACUUAGAUAUUUUUUAAAACAUAAAGUUCUUCAGAAAUUCUUCAGUUUGAUUGAUUGACACCCCUGCUUUAGAUUAUGUAAAGAUCUUUCUAAUCCCUAUCCAAUCUUCUCCUGCUUUAGGCCUGUUCUCCUCAGUUAGUCUACUGAAGUCUACUCCCAGCAUGCACCAUUCCAGGGAGGGCCUCAAAGAGUCGGUCCACUUCCAGGGUCAUCACCAUGUUACCAGCCGCUACUCAGAACCCGAACCAGAGACUGUGAUGUUCUGA